AUGAUCCGUUUUCUGUUUCCCCAGAGCGACCGCCUUCUGAUCAGAGGUGGGAAGAUCGUCAAUGACGACCAAUCCUUUUAUGCUGAUUUGUAUGUGGAAGACGGUUUGAUAAAACAAAUUGGAGAAAACCUCAUUGUCCCUGGGGGUAUCAAAACCAUCGAUGCCCAUGGCCUGAUGGUCCUACCAGGUGGAGUCGAUGUCCACACAAGGCUGCAGAUGCCUGUCCUGGGCAUGACCCCAGCUGAUGACUUCUAUCAAGGCACCAAGGCAGCCCUUGCAGGAGGGACCACCAUGAUCUUGGACCACGUGUUCCCCGAUGCGGGUACGAGCCUGCUGGCAGCCUAUGAGCAGUGGCGGGAGCGGGCGGACAGUGCGGCCUGCUGUGACUACUCCCUGCACGUGGACAUCCCCCGCUGGCAUGAGAGCAUCAAGGAGGAGCUGGAGGCCCUGGCCAAGGACAAGGGUGUGAACUCCUUCCUGGUCUUCAUGGCGUACAAGGACAGGUGCCAGUGCACAGACGGCCAGAUGUAUGAGAUCUUCAGCAUCAUCCGGGACCUGGGGGCAGUGGCCCAGGUGCACGCAGAGAAUGGAGACAUCGUGGAGGAGGAACAGAAGCGGCUGCUAGAGCUCGGCAUCACCGGCCCCGAGGGCCACGUGCUCAGCCACCCUGAGGAGGUGGAGGCCGAGGCCGUGUACCGAGCAGUCACCAUCGCCAAGCAGGCCAACUGCCCACUGUACAUCACCAAGGUGAUGAGCAAGGGCGCGGCUGACGUGAUUGCCCGAGCCAAGCGCAGAGGAGUGGUCGUGUUUGGGGAGCCCCUCACUGCCAGCCUGGGCACUGAUGGCUCACACUACUGGAGCAAGAACUGGGCCAAGGCUGCAGCCUUCGUCACAUCGCCCCCCAUCAACCCGGACCCCACCACUGCAGACCACCUCACCUCCCUGCUGGCCAGUGGGGACCUCCAGGUGGCCGGCAGUGCCCACUGCACCUUCACCACUGCCCAGAAGGCCGUCGGCAAAGACAACUUCACGCUGAUCCCUGAGGGCACCAACGGCAUCGAGGAGCGCAUGUCCGUGGUCUGGGAGAAAUGUGUGGCCUCAGGGAAGAUGGACGAAAACGAGUUUGUUGCUGUGACCAGUACAAAUGCUGCCAAGAUCUUCAACUUCUACCCACGGAAGGGGCGAGUGGCUGUGGGCUCUGACGCCGACCUGGUCAUAUGGAACCCCAAGGCCACAAAAAUCAUCUCUGCCAAGAGCCACAAUCUGAACGUGGAGUACAACAUUUUGGAGGGAGUCGAGUGCCGAGGAGCCCCCACGGUGGUCAUAAGCCAGGGCAGAGUGGUGCUGGAGGACGGGAACAUGUUCGUCACCGCAGGGACUGGCCGCUUCAUUCCUCGGAAGACGUUCCCGGACUUCGUCUACAAGAGGAUAAAGGCCCGCAGCAGGCUGGCGGAGAUCCACGGCGUGCCCCGCGGCCUCUAUGACGGGCCGGUCCAUGAAGUGAUGGUGCCUGCCAAGCCAGGGAGCGGCACCCAGGCCCGCGCAUCCUGCCCGGGCAAGAUUUCUGUCCCACCUGUGCGUAAUCUUCACCAGUCAGGGUUCAGCCUGUCUGGAUCGCAGGCGGACGACCACAUCGCCAGGCGCACGGCUCAGAAGAUCAUGGCGCCCCCGGGCGGACGCUCCAACAUCACCUCUCUUUCCUAGAUGUCCCGGGACUGCGACCCAGCACACUGGUGCAGUCCCCACCCCGGGCAGGUGGCCGUGGGAACCGCUGGCCUCAGUUAGCUUUUUCCUUCUUAGAAGUUAUUUUGAAAGGUGCCGGCCUUGCCUUCCCCUCCCCACAUGCUCUCCUGUUGGGGUCCUGGGUCCUGCUGUGAGGAGCCCCCUCGAGGACAGGACUGAGUUUGGGUAGAUCUCACUGCCAGGGUGAGGCGGCUGGAUGCAGCAGGGACAGCUCAGGUGGCCCGUGCCCAGCUGCUGGGUGGCCUGACGCUCGCUCAGCCUAGGGCUGCGGGACUCCACUGGGUGCUGCACCCGAUGGAAAGCCGGGCUCCACCGAGUCCAGGCGGCCUCUCCCCUUAGGAAUCACUGCCCCGCGGAAGCCCCCGCGCUCCUGUCUGCUCCUCACCUGUCCGCCCUCGCGGAGCUGCUGUGACUUCAGGGACCCAUUGGGAAUUUAGUGUAGAGUAGCUCCCGCCCGCCUAGGGGCUGGUUUGUACACGUUUCCAAGGUUUCGUAGUAGCCCAUCUCCAGGGACAUUUUAUGAUCCUUUAGCUAAGAUGCCCUUUUACUACAAGAUGUGUAUUCCAAUAGAUUUAUUAGAGUGACGGUUUGUACAGUGACGACGCCUAUAGCCAGGAGUCUGCGCAUGCCUCCCGCAGCCCGCCGGGCCGCCGCCCCGAGUCUGACGUGAAUUGGGUCAAUUAAAGACGUCUGGGCUCGAA